GGAUCCAGAGGAAUUUGGCUUUCUUUGGGCUCAGCACUCUCCAGCUACUCCUUUAUUUUAAAUUUCCCCCCAGCUGCUACUAGGCCUCUUCAUUCUCUCUGUUGCUCCUUUGACUUGAACACAGCAAUGUCUUUCCAGACCAUCUGCCAAGGCUCCAAGGGGAGCAGAAGGGGCUACAGCUCAUGCUCUGCUUUUGGUGGUGGCACCGGAGGUGGAAUCAGGCGUAGCUAUUCUUCAUGCAGAGGAUAUGGUGGCGGUAUGAGAGGCCAAUAUGGUAGCAGGAGCCUCCAUAACUAUGGUGGAGUUACAAGGAUUUCCUAUGGAUCUGGCUAUGGAGGAAGCAUCUGCGGGGGGUAUGGUGGUGGAUAUGGUGGAAUGGGUGGUGGCUAUGGAGGAAUAGGGGGUGGCUACGGAGGAAUAGGGUGUGGUUAUGGAGGAUUAGGGGGUGGUUAUGGAGGAUUAGGGGAUGGUUCCGGAGGAAGAGGAGGUGGAUUUGGUGGUAGAAUAUUUGGCUUUGGAUCUAGAGGUAUUGGCAGUGUCCAAGUAGAUCCAAAUCUUCUGCAACCGGUCCGGGUAGAAAUUGACCCCCAAAUACAGCAAGUAAAAAAUCAAGAGAAAGAGCAGAUCAAAGUCCUCAACAACCAGUUUGCUUCCUUCAUCGACAAGGUUCGCUUUCUGGAGCAACAAAACAAGGUAUUGCAAACCAAAUGGCAGAUCCUCCAACGACAGUCACAAGGCAUUGGCCCAACUAUGAAUCUGGAUGCUGAGUUCCAGCAGUUUCUGAAUAGCUUGAGGAAUCAGAUUGAAAAUAUCCGCAGCCAGAAGGGGCAGCUGUCAACAGAGCUCCAGAGUAUGCAACAUUAUGUGGAAGACUACAAGAACAAGUAUGAAGAGGAGAUCAACAGGCGCACAACAGCUGAGAAUGAUUUUGUUGUGCUGAAAAAGGAUGUGGAUAGUGCCUAUUUGUCCAAGAGUAACUUGGAUUCAAGAGUUGGUGCUUUGGCUGAGCAGAUUAACUUCCUGAGAAGAAUCUUUCAACUGGAAAUCUCUCAGUACCAGACUGGAGGCCAAGAUACCUCAGUAGUAGUGAGCAUGGAUAAUAAUACUUACUUGAAUUUGGAAGGUAUUAUCGAGGAAGUAAGAAGCCAGUAUGAAGAGAUUGCUCGCAGUAGCCGAGCUGAGGCUGAGUCUUGGUAUCACUCCCAAUACGAAGCUCUGCAGAACACAGCAGGACGGCAUGGUGACAAUCUGCGCAACACCAGGCAGGAGAUUCAAGAGUUGACUAGGAACAUCCAGAGACUGCGUUCAGAAAUUGAGCAUGUCAAGAAGCAGUAUGCUAAAUUGCAGUCUGACAUUGCUGAGGCCGAGGAACGUGGUGAACUGGCACUCCGAGAUGCUAAGCAAAAGCUGCAUGACUUGGAAUGCGCCUUGGUGAAAGACAAGGAAGAACUGGCUCGCCUCUUGAAAGAGUACCAAGAACUGCUGAAUGUCAAGAUUGCUCUGGACAUUGAAAUUGCCAUGUACAGGAAACUGCUGGAAGGAGAAGAGAGCAGGCUCGGUGGCUCAGGAUCCCAAGUCCAUGUCUCUGUGCGGCGUGGCAGCUAUGGUGGCAUUGGCGACAUCGGUGGUGGCAUUGGCGGCGACAUCGAUGGUGGCUUUGGCGGCGGCAUUGGCAUUGGCGGCGGCAUUGGUGGUGGCAUUGGCGGCAACAUCGAUGGUGGCUUUGGCGGCGGCAUUGGCACUGGCGGCGGCAUUGGAGGUGGCAUUUAUGAUGGCAUUGGAAGUGGUGUUGUUGGUGGCAUUGGCAGAGGCAGCUAUGGCUACGGAAGUGGUGGCAUUAUAAGUGGUAGAGGGGCUGGCGGCUCUGUCUGUGGAGGAGGAGGUGGAUUCUCUCAUGGCUCAGGAAGUGGUUCCAGCACAGUCAUCCGAAGAACCACCACAUCCAGCUCGUGCACCAAAUCAAGCGGAAGAUAUUAGGCAUCUCUCCCGGUCCCCCCCAAAGGAAAGGAACAUCUUUUAGCUGCUUGUGUUAACACAACUCUUUCAGCCCCAUUCUGGCAACCCAGAAAAGAACAAACUGUGUCUUCUAAAGCCCAAGAUCUGGUCUAUUUCCCUCUCAGAAGAAACCUGCAGCCAGUCCCCACUGAGGAAGUCAUUGUCCAUCUUGCUUCUGUUGCCUUAGAUGACGAGUCAUGAAAGCAUAACCAAAUUCCAUUUUAGGACAUCCAAGAGAGAAAUGCUUGAAUGAAAGGGGGAGAUGAAUCAACUACAAAUCUGGGCUCUGUUUCCUUCAGUCUGCUGUAUAUAUUUGGCUUAGUUGGUGGCUGCCAAGUAGUGAUAUGCAUGAAAGAAAUCUUUCCUCACUGCCUGGAGUCUUCUUCCAACUGAUGGUUCUCUUCAGUCCUGCUGUAGUUCCCUGCUUCAUUGAGGAGAUCAUUUGUUUUCAUUGUAUAUGUCUAGAUCAAUGUUAGGCAUGUCAAACUUGCACUGCUAAGUUAAAUGCUAAUUUUCUUAAACCAGCACUGUAUUUUCACUCAACAGUUGGGUUUGCAGAAAGACAGGGUCCUGAAAAAUUCUGAGCAAGCAACAAUUCAUUGUUAGGAAAUCAGAAAUUAAGGACUGUACUGUGAAAACAUUCAUUCUUGGGCCAGUUUUGCAGAUUAUAUUGCACCUAUCUUCAUUUCUUAGGCUUUCUUUCCCAUUUUCUUAGGAGCUGAUCAUUUUCAAUAAACUGCAGUCAAGUUA